UCCAGAAAACAUGAGGAACUGAAAAGUGGACUUUGUAGACAUCAGCUAACUGGCCAUGGUGUUAGCUAGCCAUGGAGUCUCAGGAUGCUCAGAACUUCUUCCAGCCUCUGUCUUCCUGGAUGUCUCGAGCUUAUGAAGCUCUCCAGCAAGCAGGAGAUACAUUAGCGGUGUCACUGGUUAAUUUUAGCAAGCAAGACUCUCAAUUGAAUGACCAGGAUUUAGAUGAUAUUCAGAUUCAGGAAACUUACUUUGAAGAUGAAGAAAAAGACAAUGAUAGGUGUCGAGAGGACAGAAAGUCCUUGUUUCAUGAAGUGGAUCAUUUCUCAUGUUGUAAAAGCAAUUUGCAGGGAUCUUCCCAAAGUUCAAGUACCAGCAUUGGCCAACACUCCAAGGACACAAGCUCUCUCAUGUCCCAGUGGCCCAACCAGACCCUUGAUGACCAAAACCCACCUCAUGUGCUUUCUUCUAUUGCUGAGGAAGAACAUCAACAUGAAAAACAAAGCAGUGGCCUUCAACACAGCUUUGGCAAUCAGCUUGCUGGUACUUUAGAAAAUGCUAAUGAAAAAAAGCAAGUUAACAGCUUUGGGGAUGAUGAAGAGCUGUCCACAUCUUCUGAUAGUGACGAGGAGGUGAUCAAGCAAUUUGAGAUUUCUGUGUCCCGUUCCCAGAGUUUCCGAUUUGGAGGAGCAUUUGAGAAAGGAAAACAGACAGGUUUGGAGCUGACACCGAAAUUCAGCUGUUUGCUCUCUAACCAAGAAGAGGAUAGCACCGAAGUGUCUGCAUGUGAAGAUUUGGAUGGAGCCAGCCAACGGAGUUAUUCUGAGAAUCUGUCUUACGGUGAAGAUGACCCCAUAUCUGCCCACUCACAGUCCACAUGUGAGAGAGGGAAUACCAGGUACCAUGGCACAUCUCACCAAGAAACCAGUGCAAAUCGCAGCGUCAGUCGCCAGUCCACAGAGGGCAGUUUGGAGAUGGAGAGAGCAUUUAAUAACCGAGGAUUUGAAGAUUCCUAUGCCACAGACAGCUCCUCAGUCUGGAGUCCAGAGGAACAGGACGACGCCCAUUUGCAAGGGCCAUCUGGGGCGCUGGGGCCCAUCUCAAAGUGUGGUGACUUAGAUGUCAUCUUUGAAUAUAAAGCUUCUAGCCAGAAACUGACGCUGACCAUUGUGAGAGCACAGGGCCUCCCAGACAAGGACCGAAGUGGGGUCAACUCCUGGCAAGUUCACAUAGUGCUGCUGCCCAAUAAGAGACAGAGGGGCAGGACGAGCAUCCAGAGAGGGUCCAACCCCGUUUUCAAGGAGAAAGUCAUCUUCACCAAGCUGGAGCCCAGAGAUGUGGCUGCUUUUGCUGUCCGCUUCCGCCUGUAUGCUGCCCGCAGGAUGACCCGGGAGAGAAUGAUGGGAGAGAAGCUGUUCUAUCUUAGCCACCUACACCCAGAAGGGGAAAUGAAAGUGACUCUGGUUCUGGAGCCAAGAAGUAAUAUAAGUAGUGGAGAAUCUCAGCUCAGCCCAUCUGCAGUUUCUCACAGUGAUAGUGCUUCAUCUACGCAGUCGUUGUCCCAUGGAGGGGCGCCAGAGCUGUUGGUGGGGCUGUCUUACAAUGCUACAACGGGGCGAUUAUCUGUGGAAAUUAUCAAAGGCAGCCAUUUCCGAAACCUCGCUGUGAACAGAGCGCCUGAUACGUAUGGAAAGCUUUUUCUCCUCAAUUCUGUGGGCCAGGAGAUGUCCCGCUGCAAGACGUCCAUUCGACGUGCUCAACCCAAUCCUGUUUAUAAGGAAACCUUUGUUUUCCAGGUCGCCCUCUUUCAGCUCUCUGAUGUUACAUUGAUGAUUUCAGUUUAUAAUAGACGUACUAUGAAGCGUAAAGAGAUGAUUGGUUGGAUUGCUCUGGGCCAAAAUAGCAGUGGAGAGGAAGAACAAGACCACUGGGAAGAAAUGAAAGAAACCAAAGGCCAGCAAAUCUGCAGAUGGCAUACCUUGCUUGAAUCCUAGUUUUGCAACAUAUAUUUGUAUACUGUGUCUUCCUUGGUCACCAGUGUUGCCAGAUCCUGAUACCAAGUCAGCACAUCUUGGCAUGGUUUU